GGAAUUUGAACGAGUUUAGACUGACUCUGAACCGGAAAAUAAUAGUCACUGAAAAUAUGUAGAAAAGCGCUCUCGAGUUAUUGCUCCUGAGAGUGGUUUAAAUUUUGUCUAACAUGAUAUUUAUUGACGACAUCUUCAAGCAUCAUUCUCAUUCCUUGAAAGAUUAUCAAAGUGAAAACGUCUUUUUUCGCACCGAUUGUGUAUUUCUUAGGUUGUGGCGCUAGAGAUAAGGUUCGUCGUCCCUAUGACAUCGACAUCUGAACAAAGAAUCACUAUCGCCCUGCAAAAGAUAACUCAAAAGUUGGAGAGAUGUUUUCUCGAAAACGUUGAAGAUAAAUGCAGCCAUAUCAGAUCUAAAGAUACAGCUUGGUUCAACAACAUUGUACAAGAUAUCGUGGCUGACUUUCAGAAGAAUUCAUCCGAAGCCUGCUCAGCUGUCCUCUCGCAGUAUGACAUAAACAACAAAGAAAUCUUGCUGGAAGAAGUUAACAGAACACUAAACCACACGAAAUCCUGGCGACCUUCUGGAGAUCCUGAGAAAGAUAUUAGGGCUCACCUUUUGCCUCUCAAAAGGUCUUACAUGGAAAAUUUGUCUUCCUAUUCACAAGAACUGGAUUUAGAAUUGGGUAGACGUUCAGAGGAACUAAGGAGAUUACGUCAAACUCUUUAUGAUGCAGUAAUUGAAUUUCGAUCCCUGGCAGAGAAACUACAAAACUUAUCCAAGUCCACUAAAAGUUGUGGACUAUGUACUACUGAAUCUCAAGAAUCACCUAACUCGAUGCUAGACAAAUAAAAAAAAUAAUAAAGAACGGAAAAGUUUAACUUCUGCCCACAUUUUUUGACUGUUUUAUGUCCUUAAUUACUAAUGGGGUUGUAAACUUUUUUUGAUUUGUAGCUCAGUCUUUAUUUUAUUUGUUACUAUUUUUGUUAAUGAAAAUCAACAAAUAAAUAUUCCCUUGAAAAAAUAAAAUAAUUUAUGUUAUAAAACUUACCGUUGUCUGAUUGAUCCAC